AUGUUCUACUUCCACUGCCCACCGCAGCUAGAGGGCGCGGCCCCUUUUGGAGGUCACUCGGCCGGCGACUUCGACGACGGGUUCCUGCGAAGAAAGCAGCGCCGCAACCGCACCACUUUCACCUUGCAGCAGCUCGAGGCACUGGAAGCCGUUUUUGCUCAAACCCACUACCCCGAUGUCUUCACUAGGGAAGAGCUGGCGAUGAAAAUCAACCUCACGGAAGCCAGGGUGCAGGUGUGGUUCCAAAAUCGAAGAGCUAAGUGGAGGAAAACAGAGAGGGGUGCAUCUGAUCAAGAGGGCCCUAAGGAAACAUUGACUGAGGUGGCUCCUCCUGCAAGCAAUUUAAAUUCCCCUUCUCCAGCAGAUCAAACCAGGAAUAAAAAAGAGGGUCUGGAGAUCCAGCAGAGUCUGAGUCGAACAGUGGGUCCUACAGGACCUUUCUUCCCUUCCUGCCUGCCGGGGACUCUUCUCAACACAGCCACCUAUGCACAAGCUUUAUCCCAUGUCGCCUCUCUAAAAGGGAGCCCCCUGUGCUCAUGCUGCGUUCCAGACCCCAUGGGCCUCUCCUUCCUGCCCACCUAUGGCUGCCAAAGCAACCGUACUGCCAGCGUGGCGGCGCUGCGCAUGAAGGCCCGCGAGCACUCAGAGGCUGUGCUCCAGUCUGCCAACCUCCUGCCCGCCACCAGCAGCAGCCCCACUCCUCCCACCAAACCCAGCCCAGAGGGCAGCCAGGACAAGCAGCCCCCUCUGGCCAAGGAGCACAUGGAAGGGGAGAAGAAUGUAUGA